GGGCACCUGCAGCCGCGUCCUCCCACUGCAGGAACCACCGCGGGGCGCGGUUGGGAACACCCUCAGGCCACGCGCCCAACGGCCGCUCCGCGCGCCCGGAGCGCGCAUGUCCCCGCGCGCCCCGGCGGCCAUUAGAAGCCGAACCCUCCUCCUCGCCCGCCUCUUGGCUGCGACAGGACGGUGUUCGCUCGCCGCAGACCGCCCCUUCUCCGCCUGCAGCGCAUGCGUGUUGGCAGAGGGAGUAUGCUGAUAUAGAUCAAGACUGUGACAGCUGAGGACUGAGAUUUGAGACCCUGAAGAUUGGCAUUUAUCAUGCUGAGAUUUGGGCAGCACCUCAUCAAGCCGUCUGUGGUCUUCCUGAAGACGGAGCUCUCCUUCGCCCUCGUGAACCGCAAGCCGGUGGUCCCAGGCCAUGUCCUUGUUUGUCCCCUGCGGCCAGUGGAGCGUUUCCGUGACUUGAAUCCCGAGGAAGUGGCCGAUUUAUUUCGUACGACGCAAAGGGUCAGCAAUGUGGUGGAGAAACACUUCUGCAGCACUUCGCUCACCAUUGCCAUUCAGGAUGGCCCCGAAGCUGGACAAACAGUGAAGCAUGUUCAUGUCCACAUCCUUCCAAGGAGGGCUGGAGACUUCAGCAGGAAUGAUGAUGUCUACGAGGAGUUGCAACGACAUGACAAGGAGGAUUCCUUGGGCAAGUGGAGGACAGAAGAAGAAAUGGCAGCUGAAGCGGCAAUUCUGAAGAAGUAUUUUCAGGAAAAUUAGAGGUAACAAAGUGUUUGAAAAACAUCUGGUGACAUAAGAAACUCCCCAGAAUGAAAGACCUCAUUCGCCAAUUCUGAAUGGCCCUGGAGCUGCGACUGAACAAUUUUAUUAUGUUCUACAAAUAUGGGAUUCUUCCAUGAAAAAUUUUAUUGGACCUUUGGAUAUCAUCAAGGUUGAAUUUCAGCUAGGAUAACUAACAGCACUGAUUCAAAAUAUUGCUCUGAGUAGUAACUCAUAUUUUCUUGAAUUGUGUACUUGGGAACUAAUCUUUUUAAAUUGUCCCUUGGCCUAAAUUGAAAUAAAGUGCUAGCAAAAUCCAGUA